AUUGAUCCAAUGCUAGGUGGCGAAAUCUUCCUAUAGACAUGCAAUAAUUACUCCUAUUAAUAUUGACCACGGCCAACUGUUGACGGUAUCUAUACUCGUCUGAAUUAAUAAGACUAAACGGGCCCUUGUGCUAUCUAAUGUACUACAUUCCGUUGUGAUCCCGUGAUGGCGGAUUAUCGCAGGCCGAUAUCAACCGGGAAGGAAUUGCCCCAGCCUAUAACGUCUACGCCCAGGGUUCGGCUGAGCUGCGAAUUGUGUCGCCAACGGAAGGUAAAGUGCGACAAGCUUAACCCUUGCACGAACUGUCAGCGCUUCGGCGCUACGUGUGUCCCUGUUGAACGGGCGCGACUGCCGCGAGGCCGCUCUGGCAGGGUAACAGGGAAGAAUGCUUCUGGACACGACACAGGCUUGAAAGAGCGUGUGGAUAGACUUGAAGAGCUACUUCGAGAAUUGACUGAGCAUGAUGACGGCACAAUCGCCGUACAGGUCGAUUCCAAUAGCUCGGGCAGGUCAGAUCCAGCGCCUGCCAACAAGCAAGCGGAUAAUUACGAGUCUGGAACAGAGAAUUCGCUUUGGGCAAACAUUUUAAAAGAGAUACACGAUAUACGCAGUACUCAGAGUUAUGGCUCACUCAAUGAGGGCCGUACUUCUAACAGUGAUGCCAUGAAAUUUAGGGAGCUUCUUGCGACACCAAUGGGACUUGGUUCGUCAAUGGCCACUACAGAGCCAAAUCUCACCAUACAGGCCGAGAAAAACCUAGCUCAGGUCUUUUUAAAGAAAGUUGACCCGGCGUUCAAAAUCCUACAUGCCCCCUCGCUGAAAGCAUUUCUACUCGAUGGUAAACCCUACCUCGACUAUGGGCCGGGACAUACGGCUCCUGCUGCACUUGCUUCUGCAGUCUACUUUGCAGCAGCAUGCAGCAUUACGGAAGAUGAGAGUAAAAACUUACUUGGUUGCAACAAAGGCUGGCUCGUGGCACGGUACCAACAGGAGUCAGAGGCAGCUUUAGCAAAAGCGGACUUCAUGACUAGCAAUGACUUGGCUAUCCUGCAGGCUUUUGUUCUGUUUCUGCUAGCCUCGCGGUCGCAAGACUCGAGUCGACGGGUCUGGACUAUGCUGAGCAUGGCCCUCCGUAUUGCACAAGCACUUUUGCUUCACCUCCCCGAGCUACCGUUUCCUGUACGACCGUUCGAACAUGAACUACGCCGACGUUUGUGGACCUACAUUGGCCUUCUCGAUAUACAGUGCUCCUUAGAGCGCGCAUCAGAGCCCAUGAUGCAAGCGAAAUGGGUGGAAUUAAACCCACCCUCAAACGUCAACGAUUGCGAUAUCAGUUUCGGCAUGGAUGGCCCAGUACCAGAAGCCGGGGGCUUCACAGACAUGACCUUCGCCAUGGUGACCCUGAAAGCUCAAUCGACCGUUCGGCUGCUCAAUUUCUCAGACUUCAUCGACAAAACCGUGAGUUGCGUCAACAAGCGCCAACAGCUCGUAAUCGAAUUCCAAGAGACAGCUUCAAAGCUACUCCAGAACUCCCAACCAGACCAAAUCCCAUUCCACUGGUACGUCAGACAAGUAGCCGAGAUCAUAAGCGCCUCCCUACAACUAAUAGUUCUCCGACCGCUACAACGAAACGCGAACUUCGUCCCUCCCCGUGUCCGCGGGGACCGUCUUCUCCAAAUAGCCGUCGACAUCCUGAAGAAGUCGAAAGCCGUCCGCAACGACCCACGAGGCCAGCCAUGGCGAUGGUGCGAAUUCAUGUUCGUCCCUUGGCAUUCACUCGCAGUAGCCAUCGCCGAACUGUGCGUCUGCGAGGAUCACUCACUAAUGGAAAGCUUCUGGGGCCCGGUCCGAGAAGCAUACGAGAACAUGGGCGACCUAAUCGCCGAUUCGCGCAGAGGGAUGAUCUGGAAACCGAUGGAAAAAAUCAUGGCGCAAGCAGAAGCAAAAAGAAAUGAACUAUUGGCGGCAUCAGAUGCCAUCCCAUACUCGACGCAUUUUCCUGGGACUGCUGCUCCCUUACAAGUACCCGUUUGCUCUCAGACCAGUAUGCAGCCCUCCGCGGCCCUGGCGGGGGAUAUUAUCCCAGGUACGGGCGCUUAUACUGAGGCUGCCCCUCUUGUGACCCUUCCGGAGACUGUUGAGCUUGGUCCUUGGCCUAGUGUCUGGGAUGCGGUUGAUUUUGGGUGUCCGGUGGCUACCGAUGAGAUGUCUUGGCUGAACUAUGAGAAUUUCAUUGAGGACGUUUAUGGUACUAUGGACUAUACCCUGCUAGCCCAUUAGCCAACAACCAUUCGGUGCCUGACCUGAGCUGUGAAGCCGGUUACCCAAUGACACUACGCGACGACAGAUAUACUCGAAUCCUUGUAUUCAAUUAUAAAAGUCUAGAAACACCCGUUGGGUUAAACCAUGGCUUAUACAAGCAUCCAGAGAAGUCAACACAACCGAACAAACCCACCAUCUAGCAGACGGGGAAUUCAGAUUUCCUCACUCAGCUACGUACCCACUCCAUAUAGUACACAAAUUCACCAUGGAAAGAAGAGCAAAUGCAGCAUUACCGAGGGCAAAAGAAACCAUUUAUGGAUAGAAGAUAGUGUGUCACAAUAAGCGGAAAAAAAAAAAAAGGAUUAGCAGCCAUUCACCAUUUCUACCUCAUAACCCAGACGCCAUGUAGAGUCAAGUUACAUUAGCCCUCC